UGCCUCCUCGCUCCUGAAUUGCCAAAGGAAGCAAUCAUCAACAUGAAGACUGCUUUAAUUUUGCUCAGCAUCUUGGGAAUGGCCUGUGCUUUCUCAAUGAAAAAUUUGCAUCGAAGAGUCAAACUAGAGGAUUCUGAAGAGAAUGGGGUCUUUAAAUACAGGCCACGAUAUUAUCUUUACAAGCAUGCCUACUUUUAUCCUGCUCUAAAACAAUUUCCAGUUCAGGGCAGUAGUGACUCAUCUGAAGAAAAUGAAGAUGGUGAUAGUUCAGAAGAAGAGGAGGAGGAAGAGGAGGCUUCGAACGAAGAAGGAAACAACGAAAACUCAGAUGAGAACGAGGAGGAAGAGUCUGAGGCCGACAACACCACGCUUUCCGCUGUGACCCCCGACUAUGGGGACGUCACCCCAGGAACAGGGUUCGCAGCGAUCCAGCUGCUCAAGAAGGCUGGGGCUGUGAGAAGCAAAGCCACCAAACAGGAGGAAAGCGAUGAAGAAGAGGAGGAGGAAGAGGAGGAGGAGGAGGAAGGAAAGGAGGAAGACGAGGCAGAGGUGGACGAAAACGAGCAAGGCGUCAACGGCACCAGCUCCAACAGCACCGAGACGGAAAACGGCGACAGCGGUGACGGCGGGGAAGGGAGUGUCACCGGGGCCGCCACCUCCCCAAGCUGGGGCCUCCGGGCCACCACCACCACCCCGCCGCCCGAGGUCUAUGCCACCACCUCCCCGCCGCCCGAGGUCUAUGCCACCACCUCCCCGCCGCCCGGGAGAGCCACCAGCCCUGCCUACGGCGGCGACUACGAGCAGACGGCCACCAGCGAGUUUGACGACGGCUACGAGGUCUACGACAGCGAGAACGGGGACCCUCGCGGGGACACUUACCGAGCCUACGAGGACGAGUACGGCUACUACAAAGGGCGAGGCUACGACGGCUAUGAGGGUCAGGAUUACUACUACCACCAGUGAGGCCCGCCCCGGGGGACCAAGGCGUCCCUGCCGGCCUUGGCACCUUGGCCACCGUCUGCCAAGCUCAACUCAGGAAGGGGCAGUGUGACAAGCGGGCCCCUCGCCGUGUCCGCAGGGUGCU